GGAAAAGUUUUCUUACUAACAACUAACAUUUUUUAAAAGAGCAAAGAGGCUUGUUCAUUCUUUCAACUUAUACUGUGAUAAAAUGUACACAUUUAUAUGGAUCAGUACAGCUGAAAAAGGUUUUGGUUUUGUCAUAGUUUAUUUUAAGAAAAUAUUUGACAUUUGGAAUAAUGCAGACAAUGAAAGCAAACAUAAAUUUUAAAGAAUGAAAAGUAAAUUUAUUUUUUGAUAAUGUAAAAUAAAGUAAAUACUUAUCCAAAGAGUGACUAUUAUUUCAAGUUAAGUCAAGUCCAGCUUGUGUCUUCACAGCUGUGCACAGUGUUGAAACAGAGUGCCAUACCUCCUGUGGUCUAAUGCCUGCUAUGAGGUGAAUAGGGUAAAGGAAUGGACUUGAAGAGUUCACACUGCUACACAGUGUUCCCCGAUCAGAAUAAUCAUUUUCAUGCAGUACUUUAAAGUACGGUGGCGCAUUGCUGCCACAUACAUUUUAUCGUACAUUUUAUUUUUUCCACUCAAUUAUGUCAUAAUAAGGAGAUAAUAUGUCGUUAAAUGAAAUAUGUUGUUUUACCGGGAUAAUAUGUCGUUAAAACAAAAUAUUUUCUCAUUAAAAUGAAAUAAUAUGUCCUUUUAAUGGUAUAAUAUGCCAUUAAAACAAUAUAUUUUCUGCUCGACCUGAUUUUGCCAAGUGGUGGAUGUCCUCAGGGCAACAUAUUUUGUUGACCUAAGGACAACAUUUUUAUAAAUAAAACCUAAACCCACACCAAACCCCAACCCUAACCAUAACUUACCCCUAAAAUCAGAGGGAAAUGAUAAGUGAAAAACAAUGGUCUAGAACAGGAGACUUCAACUAAAAUUGCUUGAGGUCCAGUUAAUGAACCCUCCUUGCCAGCCGAGGUCCGAACAAUUAAAUACCUAAAAAUAUGAAUAAUGUUUUUUUAUAUCUAUACGAUGGCAUAACAAUGUCUGACAACAAUAUAAUGAAGGAAAAUGUGCAAAAUGCCCUAAUCUCUAAACCUGCACUGAACAUACAUUCAUUUCAACAUUAACAACUUUAAAAGAAAACUAAAGUGUUGUUUUCUGCUGAACUGAGAUUAACAAAUAGAAGCAUCAAGUUGUGACUGAUCAUCCUCUGAUAACAUUUCAGCUCUUCUUGUGGCUGUUGCAGCUGAAAGGGGGGUUUGUUUCAUAUUUUAUUUUAGUUCAUGUCUUUAUUUUCCUUCUAAAAGUGUUUCACAGAAGCCUCCAUGCACUCUUUUCCCAUCAGUAAAGGGCUUUUUAUGUUUUCCUAAAAUCCGCUGAAUUCUUAGUGAACAUUCAUAUGCUGGUUGUUUGCCGAUUAGAUCGCUCCUACUGGGCUUUGAGCUAAUAUAUUUUCCGUGUCCUUACCUCGGACUGCUGCGGUCAAUAUGAAGUUUGAAAGCAUUCUGGAAGAGGCAAACGGAUUCGGGCGAUACCAGAUCGCACUGGUCAUGCUGCUGGCCAUACCACGUGUCACACUCCCAUGUCAUUUCCUGUUUAACAACUUUAUCGCUGCCAUCCCGUCUCACCACUGUGACAUCAGUGGUCUGGAUGCUGAUGCGAUCUUGGGAAAUCUGAGUCAGGAGGAAAAACUGACUGUCAGUAUUCCUGCACAUGAAGAUGGAAGUCCUGCUUCCUGUCACAUGUUCUCUCAUCCUCAGUUCCACCUGCUGUCAAACUUAUCCAGUCUUCCAGAGUUUGUUCAGUGUCAGAAUGGAUGGGAGUAUGAUAACAGUACAUUUGGCAGGACUCUGGCCACACAGUUUGAUUUAGUUUGUGACAAGAAGGGGCUGGCCCAGGCAUCAGGAACCAUAUUUUUUGUGGGUGUCAUGAUCGGAGCUGUGUUCUUUGGCGUGAUCAGUGACAAGUAUGGUCGUAAGAAUGUGUUGCUGUUGUCCUACAUCUUAUCUAUAGUGUUCAGUGCUGCUAGCGCCGUCUCCAGUACCUUUAUCAUGUUUGCUACCUUACGCUUUCUAACUGGAUUUGCUCUGACGGGUAUCACCAACAUAUCAUAUGUGCUCAGUGUUGAGUGGGUGGACACUAAGCACCGUACAUUUGUUGGGGUGUUUGGCAGUCUUUCCUGGGUCGUAGGCAACAUGCUGCUGGCCGGCUUUGCCUAUCUGGUCACUGAUUGGAGGAUGCUGAUCAUUACUGUCUCUACUCCUCUUCUCCUCGCUGUGGCCACCUGGUGGUGGAUCCCUGAAUCAGCCCGAUGGCUCAUAGCCAAUAAUAAGCCAGACACAGCAUACAAGUAUCUGGAAAAAUGUGCUGUGUAUAAUAAGAAACAAGACUUCAUGUCGAAAAUCAAGCCAGAGACUCUAUUAAAUGUGGUGAAUGUAGAUAACCCGGACCACAGUUAUACCUAUUUAGACCUAUUUAAAACCCCACAUCUGAGGAGACUUGCACUGUUUACAGGCAUAGUGUGGUACGGUGUUUCGUCUACAUACUAUGGCAUCAGUUUGAACAUCACUGGCUUUGGGCUCGAUCCUUUUCUGACGCAUUUCAUUUACGCAGCCAUAGAGCUGCCUGCAAAAAUCCUUAUUUACUUCUGUCUCAACAAGGUUGGCCGUAGGCUCUGUCAGGCUGGGACACUGAUAUUAACAGGAUUUUGUAUACUCAUCAAUAUCAUCAUGCCUACAGAGUACUGGACGUUCCGGACUGUAAUCGCGGUGUUGGGUAAAGGGCUUUCAGAGGCUUCAUUUACGACCCUGUUCCUCUACACCACAGAGCUCUUUCCCACGGUCAUAAGGCAGAAUGGACUUGGCUACACCAGUUUCAUGGCUCGGCUGGCAGCCUCCAUUGCUCCUCUUAUCAUGCUCUUAGAAGAUGUCCCAGAGAUGAUUUUCUGUUCGUUGGCCAUCCUUUCUGGUGCCAUCGCUUGGCUUCUUCCUGAAACCAGUAACACAAGAUUGCCAGAAACCAUAGAAGAUAUUGAAGGCGAAUAGCUCUAACUUUUUGAAAAGACUGGGUUUCAUAAGAUUGAAAUGUGGAAAUUUGCCCAAGAGGAGAAAAACUGAUAACUGUGAAAUACAGUCUCAAAUAUCUUUUAUUUUUAAAUAUCUUUUAUUAUUUAUUUAUCCUUAACAAAUCUCAAAGAUGCUCAUCAGUGCAGGUUUAGAGAAAUUGUUCAUUAGGGCGCAUUUGUUUACACAAAAUGUAAUCAGCAAAGCUCCAUGCGGCAGUCAGGUCAGUCUGACUUCAGUACAACAACAUCAGAAAUUAGUAACUCUGUCUGAAUUUCAGACAAUUGAUCACAAAACCUUUGAGGAAACGGUACAGCUUUUUAAAGCGUCAACUUGCAGCCUUGACACACUUCCCACAUCCUUUUUCAAAAGAUUGUUUAACUGUUUGGAAGCAGAUCUCCUAAAAAUAGUAAAUACCUCACUGCUUUCAGGAACUUUCCCAGAGUCCCUAAAAACUGCAGUUGUCAAACCUCUACUAAAAAAGAGCAAUCUAGACAAAACCUUACUGUCUAACUACAGACCAAUAUCAAAUCUUCCUUUUAUAGGCAAUAUCAUUGAAAAGGUUGUCUUCAAUCAGCUGACCAAAUUCUUAAACUCAAAUGGCUACCUGGACAAUUAUCAGUCUGGUUUCCAUCAGCAUCACAGUACAGAGAAAUAAAGAUAAUAAAGUGCUCAUAAAGAUAAUAAAUGAUAUUCGAUUGAAUUCUGAUUCAGGCAAAAUAUCAGUUCUGGUAUUACUAGAUCUCAGUGCUGCCUUUGACAAGGUAGAUAACACCAUACUCCUACUACAGACCUAUUGACUCUUUUUGCCAGUGCAUUGAUGAAAUUAACAGCUGGAUGUGUCAAAACUUCCUUCAGUUAAAUAAAGACAAAACUGAAGUCAUUGUAUUUGGUAACAAGGAUGAAACUAACAAGGUAAACACAUACCUUGACUUAAGAGGUCUAAAGACACAAAGUAAGGUCAAAAAUCUUGGUGUCAUUUUAGAGUCUGACCUUAGUUUCAGCAGUCAUGUCAAAGCAAUAAGCAAAUCAGCGUACUACCAUCUCAGAAACAUAGCCAGAAUCAGAUGUUUCGUCUCAAACCAAGAUUUAGAGAAACUAGUUCAUGCUUUCAUCACCAGCAGGGUGGAUUACUGUAAUGGACUCCUUACAGGGCUUCCCAAAAAGACCAUCAGACAGCUGCAGCUCAUACAGAACGCUGCUGCCAGGAUUCUGACCAGAACCAAAAAAUCUGAGCAUAUCACUCCAAUCCUCAGGUCCUUACACUGGUUACCAGUUACUUUUAGAAUUAACUUCAAAGUAUUAUUAACUGUCUAUAAAACUCAAUGGUCUAGGACCUAAAUGCAUUUCAGAUAUGCUAAUUGAAUAUAAACCAAACAGACUUCUCAGAUCAUUGGAUCAAUUCAGUUAGAGAUAACAAGGGUUCACUCAAAACAAGGCGAGUCAGCGUUUAGCGAUUACGCCACCUGUAGCUGGAAUCGGCUUCCAGAAGACAUCAGAUGUUCACCAACAGUAGCUACUUUUAAAUCCAGAUUAAAAACACACUUGUUUAGCUGUGCAUUUACAACCUGAGCACUGUGCUGGUUUACAUCAACUGCACUAUUUCUAAUUUCUUUUUCUUUUGUUCUUAUUCUUUUUUUAUAUACACUCACUUUUUAAUCAAUUUUAUUGCUGUUUUAUUGUUUCUUAAAAUCUAAAGUUGUAAUUGUGAUCUUAAAUCAUUUGCAUUUUAAAGAUACGUCUUAUUUCUCUUUGUCAGUCAUUUUAUGUAAAGCACUUUGAAUUGCCCUUGUGUAUGAAAUGUGCUAUAUAAAUAAACUUGCCUUGCCUUGCCUAUA